CUUGCAAUUUGGUUUCGUUGCUGAACCACUUGGUACUAUCACAGCCAUUACGGACAAAACUUUAAAUUUUAAAACUUUGGUUGGAAAUGAGGAAGAGGAAAAUGAAGAGAUGAACUUUAACUGCAAAGAUUUAGAAUACAUUGUGAAAGGAAGGUUAUCUGGAAAAGAGAUGACUUUCGAGAAGAAAAUAAAUUUGGUAGGAAAUUUACAACUUCAAAACUUUAGUUUCAGCUUGAAUUCUAUGGAUGGUGCAGGAUUUGUUAUGAAAGGAAAGAAACUAAGGCCUUCGGAAGCAAGAGUAUCAAAUCUUAAAGUAGAAAAAACUCGUACAGUAGUACCUUUGGUGACUUACUUUUUUGAAGAAAUAUGCCAAGAACCUUCUGUGACAGGGGGCAAGGGCUCUUCAUUAGGAAAACUCACUGAACUUAGUAAAAAAAUGAAAAAUUUCAUUGUUCCUGAAGGUGUGGUUGUCACCACUGCAGCAUAUGAGCUAUUUAUAACAAAAGAAGUUCUCCAGGAUAUUGAGAACUUGGAAAGAGUUUUAUAUGGAAAUGUUCCAGGAGAUGUAAAAGAAAUUUGUAAAAGAGUUAUGGAAAAAGUUUCGAAGUCAAGUAUUCCAGAUAAAGUACUUCAAUCAAUCGUAAAUACUCUCCAAAAAAUAUUUCCUGACCAAGAUGUGUUAAAGUUUGCUGUACGUUCAUCAGCAACAGGAGAAGACUCUGAAGGUAUGUCUGCAGCUGGCCAAAUGGACACCUUUCUAGGAGUUUCUGGACUGAGCAAGAUUCUAACUGCUGUUAAAAAAUGCUGGGCAUCGCAAUUUAGCUUCACUGCUGUGCAGUAUAAAAGGCAGAAUGGCCAGAUAAUUAAUUCACCAAUGGCGGUCGUGAUACAGAAGAUGGUACCAUGUGAUGUAGCUGGUGUUUUAUUCACGUGUAAUCCAAUGACUGGAAAUCCAACCGUCAUAACCAUAACCGCCAACUAUGGACUUGGAGAGUCAGUUGUCUCGGCUUCUGAAGAACCAGAUACGAUAGAAAUAAAAAGAAAUCCAAAUGAUCAACUAUUUAUAAUGAACAAAGUCAUUGGGGCUAAAAAUCGACGUACAGUUGCGGCUCAAGAUAUGGACGGAACUCGUUCUGAGGACGUUCCUGCUGAAAAACGACAAGAUUGCUGUCUACCUGAUGAAAAAGCUUUAAUGUUGGCGGAUUUGGCUGUUACGGUAGAAAAAUACUACAGAUUACACCAGGAUAUCGAAUGGGGUUUUUGGAAAAAUGGCUUGUAUAUUUUUCAGUCUAGGCCUGUAACAACCGGUUGUGGGGAAACAGAUUUCGAAAUUGAUCAUGAACUAGAUGCGCCAAUGAGAACUGAAAAUGAGUUUUUUUCUGUUACUAACGUUGCAGAAGUUAUGCCUGGUGCAAUGUCUACCUUGAGCCUUGACGUUAUUCCCAAGUAUCUUCAACUAAUGAAUUUGAGAGAUCCUAAAGCGCAAUGGAUAACUAUGGUUCCAACAACUUAUUUUCCACAAAAUAUGGUUUCAAUGCACAGCCGAAUCAUGUUCUACCUCUGUAAUUUUUUCCAGCCCAAUACCGAAGAUAGUGAUUUUGUCAAAGUGUCUAAUGUCACCUUUUUCGGCAGAGUGGUUGAAUGCGAGGGAUUGUAUGAAACAGUUAGGUACAGAUUUAAAAAUGUGAAAAGAGAUUUUGUUUCAAAAUACAAGCCACUCUUGGGCUUUACAAAAAUGUUAAGUGGAAGCAAAAUGCUCAAGAAAGCAUCCCUUAAAUAUGACAAUUUUCGUCUUCCUUUAGAAGAAUGCAACACAUCUCAAGAGAUGCUGGAAGUUCUGCUGCAUUCAUGUACGGACUUAACGGAGGCAAUGGCGUGUCAUGCAAUUAACACCGGUAUAUCAAUGAUCUGGAAUAUGUUCAUGCUAUAUUUUCUGAAAAAACGCAGAGGAGAAUUAAAUGCUGAUGUUUAUCGAGAUUUUGCAAAACUGGUACAGGCAAAAAGUGACGUUAUAAGUGCCGAUAUACCAGCAGCUAGUGAACGCCUAGCAUAUUAUAUCGGAAAAGAGAAAACGCAAGACGAGUUUAAGAAAAUGAAUGUUAAAGAAAUCAGAGAAUGGCUUGAAAAUUCUCAGACCAUGGCUGGAAACAAAUAUCGAGAAUUUUUGGCUAAGCAUGAACACAGGUGCUUAAAAGAGUUUGACCUCCGAGCGAAACCAUGGGGUAUGGAUCCCGAUCCUCUGAUAAAAUUAUUGAAAAAUUUAGUUGGAAAUGUAUCAUACAAUCCUGAAAUCAGGAAAGAAGACACUGAAAACAUUUUGUCUAAUUUAGGGUUGAACCUUUCACUGAAAUCCAAAUUUUAUUUAAAGAUCUUAAUUCAUUUUAGUCAGAAAGGUGUGCGAGGUAGGGAAGCUGCUAAAUCUAUAUUAAUAAAGUCAUUGAAUGCUUGGCGUAAAGGUUAUUACCAUCUAGCAAAACUGAUGGUAUCAGAAGGCCGAAUUCCGGAUGAAGACCUACUUUUCUUUAUGACAUUAGACGAAAUUAAAGAACUUCUUGAAACUCGAUCUCCGAAGCUUUUGUCAAAGGCAACUCAUAGGCGUAGACGAUAUCCAGUUCUUGAUAAGAACAUAUUUCCUGAAAUUAUGAGUGGAUUUCCGCAGCCCAUAGAUUUGAAAAGUAAUGAAGAUUAUUCAAACGAUGAAAACUUCAGCAUGAAAGGUAAUCCAGUAAGUCCGGGAGUAGCAAAAGCAUUUGCUAGAGUAGCACUGACAUUGGAAGAAGCUGAACUCUUGAAGGCAGGCGAAAUUCUGGUGACUUACAGCACAGAUAUAGGAUGGUCGCCGUAUUUUCCCAUUCUUGCUGGGGUUGUUACCGAAAUCGGUGGACUUAUAUCUCAUGGUGCAGUGGUGAGCAGAGAAUAUGGAUUGCCUUGUAUAGCUGGUCUCCGUGGAGCUACAAGACAAUUUAAAACAGGUGAUUAUGUUUUAUUGGACGGAAACAGAGGUAUUUUACAAAGACUACCAAGACCAGAAAAGCUGGAAGAUUCUACUUAAAAUUUAAUUUUUGAUUACGCUUCCAAUAUUUAUAAACAAAGAAAAAAAUGAAUCCUGUCUUUCUAAAUCAGUAUUUUUAUGCCUAUAAUUUUUUAUAUUUAAUACUCCUUUACACUAUUUUUUGUGCACAUGUUUUGCGUAUUAAAAUGAUAUAUUCUAAGUUUUAAUUAGGGAGAAUACAUAAAGCUAAAAAAUUAUUUUAUUUACUUAUCAACUGUCUUUUAUCU